GACGGCAGCUUGACGCGGGUUUGACGCUGUGGCGCUGCAGUGCGGACAAACAGGCUGGAGCCGGAGAACCUGACACCCACUGGCCGCCUCUCACAGCCGAGCAGGUCCGCCUCAGCCGGGCUUCUGCAUCCGCUUUUGUCCGGGGUCUGAGCUCCCGGUGCCGCAGGACGGAGGGAGGUUCAGUCCGCGUCCUCCCGUUCAGCUGCAGCGGCGAAGAACCGGAGGAGGACCGGGGGAGGACCGGGACCCGGACAGCAGUGAGCGCUCAGACUCUGAGGGACAUUCACCUGUUUUUACUGCCGGACUGAGCCGGAGCUGCUCUGCUUUGACAUCGGGGACCGCUAGAGGAGAAAUAAAUGGUGGUUUAGUCCUGCGGGAGCGUGAGGCCCAAAGCCCGGCCCCCCUUCAGAGGAACGGUGGGUUUUCUGGACCAGGACGUUUUGUGCCGACAUAAAAUCCCAGAUGAAGAUUCCCAAAAAGCGGAAAAGGAGCGGACGGUGCGCCAGGCUAACACAGGAACAGGAAGGGUUUUGUCCCGCUCAGGAUUUGUUGUAAGCCGUCAGGUUUUCCGGGAGCUCAGAACUAUGAUAAAUGGCUCUUUUAAGCUGGGAGCUGCUCGUGUUCUGUCUAACUGGCAGAUGCAGUGCCUAGUCCCCGGCCUCCAGGACAACGCCAACAUGAACGGGACGUCCGAGCAGGCCGACAUCCUGCCGUCAAACUGCAUGGUUAAAGACCGAUGGAAAGUGCUGAAGAAGAUUGGCGGCGGUGGGUUCGGGGAGAUCUACGAGGCCUUGGACCUGCUGACACGGGAGAACGUGGCGCUGAAGGUGGAGUCGGCCCAACAGCCCAAACAGGUGCUGAAGAUGGAGGUGGCGGUGCUGAAGAAGCUGCAGGGUAAAAACCACGUCUGUAAGUUUAUUGGCUGCGGGAGGAACGACAAAUUCAACUACGUGGUCAUGCAGCUUCAGGGUCGUAACUUGGCCGACCUGCGCAGGAGUCAGCCCAGAGGGACCUUCACCAUGAGCACCACCCUGCGACUUGGGAAGCAGAUCCUGGAGUCCAUCGAAGCCAUUCACUCAGUGGGCUUCCUGCACCGCGACAUCAAACCGUCGAACUUUGCGAUGGGUCGGCUUCCCUCCACCUACAGGAAGUGCUACAUGCUGGACUUUGGUCUGGCACGACAGUACACCAACACCACCGGAGAGGUCCGACCGCCGAGGACUGUGGCAGGUUUCAGAGGGACGGUUCGCUACGCUUCAGUCAACGCUCAUAAAAACAAGGAAAUGGGUCGCCAUGACGACCUUUGGUCAUUGUUUUACAUGUUGGUGGAGUUUGCUGUCGGACAGCUACCGUGGCGGAAGAUCAAAGAUAAGGAACAAGUUGGUCAGAUUAAAGAGCGCUAUGACCAUCGGAUGCUGCUCAAACACAUGCCUGCAGAUUUUAAUAUCUUCCUGGACCAUGUCCUGGCCCUGGACUACUACACCAAACCAGAUUACCAGCUGCUGAUGUCGGUGUUUGAGAACAGCAUGAAGGAGCGAAUCAUCACCGAGAAUGAGCCUUUCGAUUGGGAGAAGGGAGGAAGUGAUGUCACGCUGUCGACCAGUGCCUCCACCCAACCACAGCACAACACCCGACCCACUGCCGCCAUGGUGGGAGCCAUUGUGACACCGGUUCCUGGAGACCUUCAGAGGGAGAACACAGACGACGUUUUGCAGGACGAACACCUCAGCGAUCAGGAGAACGCCCCUCCAGCCCCGCCGAGCCGACCCCCCGGGGAGACGGGAGUCCAGCACACUGGAGAGACGGGAGAGGCCUGGGAGGACACCGACUUCAACCGCAACAGACUCAGGAUCAGCCUGAACAAGGGGGCUCAGGAAGAGGAGGCAGGCCGGGGAGCGUGUCCGGUGUCGCCAGUUCGAGGUGGAGCCCCGGAGUCUCCGACGGGUCAGGGUCGGUCUUUACGAUACCGUCGGGUCAACAGCCCUGAAUCUGACCGCUUGUCUGCUGCUGAGGGCCGAGCCGAUGCCUACGGACAGAGGUCUAGGAUGGACAUCCUCGGCUCCCCUUCACGUCAUGUCUACUCCUCUCAGCCGGCUCAAAUGCUGUCUGUUGACCCCGGUUGCCGUGGAGAUCGUCAGGUCAGCGGCCGUCAGGAAGUGUCGGUGGCGUCUGUCGAUCAGGAAGCACACAGCAACGCCUUCAUCCGCUCCGUCCCGCUGGCCGAGGAGGAGGACUUUGACAGCAAAGAGUGGGUGAUCAUCGACAAAGAGGCAGAACUGAGAGACUUCCUUCCGACCACGUCAGGAACCACCGACGAGGAGCCUGAGGAGCUCCGCCCUCUGGAGGAACAGGAGGAGAGGAGGAGGCUGCGAGCUGGAGGUGGGGAGCUGGUGGUUCGUCCAAAGACUCAUACUCGUGACAGCAGCCGGGGGAUGCUAACGCUAACGGAGGAGGAGGCGUCGAGGAGGAGUGGUGGGAGUCCCGCUCAGUCACCCUGUCACUCGCUGCCGUCCGGACGCCCCCGCCGGAGAGAGUCGGAGCCCACUGGACCUCAAAGACCGGUGUUGUCGCCCACGGAGCAGUUUACCCCAUCACCGUCCUCUCCAGACUAUCGGACAAAGGGCCAGGAUGAUGAGAAGGAGCAUUUUCACAUCCUUCCACAGCUGCAGGCCAAGAGGGCCGACUUCCUCACUGUCAUGCUGACCGGUACCUUGCCUCAGCGCCGGAGCUUUGCGACACCAGAGGAAGAAGUCCCCGAACCUCUAGGGCCAAAGGAUGAUGAUGUUACAAAGAGUGAGUCCAACAGUGAGGCCAGUCAAAAAAGCACUGAACGUAGCCAGGAUGCUGCACCUUCCACUCUCAUGGCUGAGGACCAGAGGGGGCAGAGGGAGCACGCCUCAGCUGCUGAUGCAGACCCUGACCUGGAGGACGCAUCAAAAACUCUUGUCCUGUUCUCACCUGGAGAUACUCGUAAGUCUCCCUCUGGUGCUGAUCAUGGUUUAGAGGGGGAGUUAGCCACACCAUCUGCUCUGACUUUCCGUAAUGACCGCCUAUUGGGUGCGGAGGUGAUUCAGACUGAACCCCCUGAGACGGGUCGUUUGUCCCCAGCUCUCAGGUCAGACCUAAGACCUUCUACUCCCAUCGCUCCUGCAUCACCUCCCUUCACCAAAGUUGAGCGCACUUUCAUCCAUAUUGCAGAGACAUCACACCUCAAUGUCAUGUCUUCCAAUGGUCACUCUGCCAAGGAGAGUGACCGGGAAGUGUCUGCCAUCAUGAAGGAAUCAGCUAUAGAGGUUGAUACCCAUGAACAGGAAGAACUACCAGUGGCAGAGGAGUCUCCACAGGAGCCUGUACCAGACCAAAAUAUACCAGUUGAAAAACAUCCCAAAACUGAGAAUGGUCCGUCAACUGUCCUGGCCCAGUCUUUGGAGCCUGUCCCAGAAGCAGUGUCGCUACUUCAUGAACAUAAAGAUCUGUCACCAGAACCUAAGAAACAGCCAUCAUCCAGUGAAGAAGCUGCCAAGCUUCAGACGGCCAGAUCAGAACUUCAGGCUGCCAUUAGGCCCAGAGUCCGAAGCCGUAUCCCAGUGCUCAUCUCUGAAGAGGACUCAGGUUCGGAGCAGUCGUCCUCCCUCUCAGCUCGGGCUCGGCUUCAGCAGCGAGCCAGGCAGCUGGACUUGGCCCGUCUGCUGGUCCAGAAGCAACAGGGUCGUUGGAUGAGGAGGAGGAUGCAGUCUGGGACAUCAUCAUCAUUGUCUUCUGGUGACGAUGAGCGCCGCAGGGCUUCUGAAACUCUGUCCACCACUGGCUCAGAGGAGGAUACACAUACCUCAGAUGAGUCCAGGAGGAGCUCCCGUCUUAAACCGACUGAUGAGCAAGGCUCCAAGGAGAGCAGGAGCAAGAUCCCCAGACCCGUCACCCCUAUAAAGAGGCCCUCAGGGGGGUUUGCUACUGCAGUUCCUUCUCCUCUCUCCUUGCCAGACUCUAGCACUACCAAAGGAGCAUCAUCCUUUAAUAAUGGGAACCAGAAAAUUGGUUUAAGCACUCUCGGCACCCAACGGAAAUCCAAGCCUGUCUCAUGCAGAGCCUCAUCUUCAUGUCCCCGUCCCUCGACUGUCCCUGCACCGUCUGGAAGCCCUCGAAUGCCCCUACGAGUCCUGUUUGGAACCCGACGCAGCCUUAGCUCCACCCACUGCAGGACUGACAGCCCCUCCCCUCAGAGAGUAUGCCCAUCCAGACAGCCCCUCUCAGUUCGAGCCCCAACUGUCCCCAUGCUACCACCUAGGACUACAACAACCAUGCGGCGCAGCGCCUCACAGGAAGCCACUGCUCAGUCCUCCUCUGCCACCACACCCGCCAGGACCAGGCCAAAGCCAGCUGGUACAGCUAAAGGGAAACCGAAUGCCAGGGAGAAGGCGGUGCCCGCUAGAUAAUACAAAGAGACUCAUCUCUGAGACAUGUUUGUGUAUAAUCAGUCUUCGGACACGCUACGCCUCAAAGGUUUUCACCUGAUUCCAUUAUAGGCUGUGAUGUUACAAUGACCUCCUUCAGUUCAUUUAAUGUAUACAGACAUCUUGUUUUUUCCAAGGACAGCUAACUGAACUGUCUUCAUGGGCUUCCAGUAAUCUUAACUGACUGUUGUACAGGAGCGUUGCUGCCACGGUGCUAUGGAUACACCUGCUGCUCCCUGGUCAGUCCCUGAUUUAACAUUUAACUGGUGUCUGGAGCUAAGAAUCAUGGCCUCCAACAAGUCCAGUUUCAGAUACUUUCACCUAACACAGUACUCCCAGCUUUCCACAGCUAUACUACUCUUCUAUAGACAAUACCUGCUUGGUUCACAUUGCAUGGUAAAGUAUAUCACAAAUACAUUGAAUCUGUAGAGGGAAAACAUGUACAAAAAUCUGUACCUUUAAAUUAUUUGGUAUAAUUCUCCCCUUCCUAUUGGCCAAAAAGCAAAAAAAAAGAAGAUGAAAUUAGAUUGGUUUGAAUGCCCGAACUAUGUUAAUGUGAUUUAAAAAAACAAAAACAAAAAAAAAACUUCCUAACAAUGACCUGUACUCAUUAUGGCCUUGGAAAAAGAGAAGAGUUAGAUGUGAACACAAAAUAAAUUGCUCGGCCGCUCGCCUCCUCCUCAUGGUGUAACGAUGGGCAUGCUUUAAUCAUUCUAUUUUCUGGGUGUUUUUAUUUUGUUUAUGCUCUGAAUUGUACAUAAUAGAAUCAUUUCCCAUAAAGACAUCUUUAUUUUUUAUCUUGGCAAGCAUAGUGUAAAUUAAGUCUUUAACCUUCUGUUCCAAUGUGUUGGCACUUUGCCUGUUUUUUACGCAUGAGAAAAACAGGGUUAACCAUGAGAGGAAGUUAUACCUGCUUGGAUUAUGCUGACAGUGCAAAGGUGUGCUGGUUGUUGGAGCCCAUGUUGUGUUUGUACGGGGUCUCUGGGCACUGAGCUGUGAAGUAAAGUCUUGGUCAUGUGGAA